AUUGAGGUAGAAUGCGUGAAAUACCAAUUUUCCCAAUUCCUAAAAUACUUAGUGUAUUUGUUCAUAGUUAAUGAUGUUAACGGGGUCAGCAAUUCUGUCGUCGUCCCACCAACUCCCAACCUCCACUCACCACCAAAUUUUCUUCUCCUCUCCGCUGAUUCACUUGGGCGGGAGCGGGAGUGAGACACCGUCUUUCUGAAGCUUAACAAAAAUGAGCAAGAACAAGUGUCGGAUUACAGUUCCUGUGGUUAUGGUGUUUUCAACGAUAUUGUACAUCUACAUUACUACAGUCUUUGUCUUCAUCGAUCGCUGGUUUGGCCUUUCUUCCUCCCCUGGUAUUAUGAAUGCCUUCAUUUUUACUGCAAUUGCUGCCAUUUCUAUCUUCAAUUAUGUCCUUGCAAUUCGUAAGGAUCCUGGUCGAGUUCCUUCUUCUUUCAUGCCUGAUAUUGAAGAUGCCAAUAUUCCGAUCCAUGAGGUGAAGCGCAAGAGUGGUGACUUGAGAUAUUGUCAGAAAUGCUCGCAUUAUAAGCCUCCCCGUGCGCAUCAUUGUCGUGUUUGCAAAAGAUGUGUUUUGCGGAUGGAUCACCACUGCAUCUGGAUAAAUAAUUGUGUAGGCCAUGCAAACUAUAAGAUCUUUUUUGUCUUUGUGCUCUAUGCUGUAAUCGCAUGCAUAUACUCUUCGGUCUUGCUUUUGGGUAGUAUAGUUUGGGAUAAUGUAAAGGAGGAACAACAGAGUGAAGAAUCAUCAAGAACUGUUUAUGUGGUAUCAUGCCUACUUAUUUUCCCUUUGACUAUAGCACUUUGUGUUCUCCUUGGUUGGCAUAUCUAUCUCACUCUACGAAAUAAGACUACCAUUGAGUAUUAUGAAGGAGUGAGGGCAAUGUGGCUUGCAGAGAAGGGAGGGGAGAUUUAUAAACAUCCUUAUGAUCUAGGCGCUUUUGACAACCUAACUUCAGUUCUUGGUCCAAAUGUCUUUAGCUGGAUAUGCCCUAAUACAGGCCACAUUGGUUCAGGCUUACGCUUCCCUACAACAUAUGAUAAGCUUACUGAACCAUCAUCAGAAUGAAAGAAUGUUGCUCUAAUUUUGCUAGGAGGCAAAGGCAUUCAUUCAGUUGAUUCAGGGUGCCCCUACGGUUCCUUGGUGCAGAUGAGUACUUCGUCAGCUUUGUCAGAUGCAAUGUUAAUGGAUUUGAAUGGUUGUCUUGUCUGCAAAUUUUUACGCCCAGUACAGAUUAGUUAAAAUUCUUUCAAAGGUGAAUGAUUCUUCUUGUUGAUAGGCAUUGUUAAAAGCUUCAGAUAUCAAGUAAUUGGAAACUGGUUUUGGCUCAUACUAUACGACACAACCGGAGGAGUGCUAACUUAGCUCAAGACUUGUUUCCAGCAUUAAGAUGAUAGGAUUCAUUAACUUAUUUCUGUGUCCUGAUUGCAACUCUCAAGAAAUGUAAUAUAUCUAACAUCUUUGUAAUCUGAAAUAGCAUGAUCAUCUUUAUUAUGUUUGUGUUGCAUGUUCAUGGAAAGAAAAUAUCAAAGAAUCUGAAAUGUAAUUCAUUUAAACCUUGAUGUAAUGAAAAGUUGGCAUUUGAAAGAGAUUGUCCGAAGUUCGUGUCACGUA